AUGUCGGUGUGGGUACGUGGGACAGUCGCCGGUUGGUGAGCAGAGCGCUGCGCGUCAGUGACACAGGCCUCAGUGACCUAGUAACACGAACAGGGUGAAGGUGUUGACCGGAGAAUUGAACAUCGUCUUGCCUACCAGUGAUCCUCCACCACCAGCCCCCUUCCUUCAUAAGAGUAGUCAAACAUUCACGUCAUCGCCCUAAGAGCCUUUGAGGUUGGAGUCGCCUGCGGACCACCAACUGAACACAAUCUCUGGACGCCCUCGUGGACUGACCUCUAAUAGUGUUCAUAACCUGAUCGAUCGACUCCUUGUAUCCUAUCUUCCAAGCUUCUAUAAUCUGCAUCUAACGCCAUAAAACUGGAUUCGAAGGACCUUGAAACCCUGAUCUCUUCAUACUUUGAAGUGAACUGCGUCGACGGCCCUAUAACUUGGUUAAUUAGAGAUCGGAGCUGUAAAAGUCUUACACAUGUGGUGCUUAUUCUUUUGGAGUACUUAUUUUCUAGUUUUAUAAAUUACCUGAUAUCUAGCGAUUAUAAACACUUGAUCUGCACGAUCCUCGGUGGUCUGUCCACUCAGCUUCUUGGAGCCCCUCGUACCUUUCAAGGGGACCUGUUCUCUUGGCUCCUUAAAAAAUUGACCUGUAAACUCGUUCGGAUUAUUGUGUAAAAGUCCUCUGUCCCUUAUCACCGACUAAUUUGUAAACGAUUAACCUCACCGUUCGCUCGAUUUUCUUGGGGCUCCUGCAAGACCACGAAGAAUAUAGGGUCUCUGGAAUAGGCAGAGCGCAGCAAUGACCGUGGAGUAUACUAAGGAGGUGGGCAACACUCGCUGCUGUAUCUUCGCCAGGCUACUGUUCAGGUGGCGAGGCAGCGUGUACAAGUUGUUGUGGCGGGACGUACUUGUGUACAUAGUUCUCUACACCAUCAUCUCCUGCUUCUACCGCUUCUACCUCAAGGACCCUCACAAGAAGAUUUUCGAGGAGCUGGUGAUGCACAGCGUGAGGUACCGUAACCUGGUGCCUGUGUGCUUCCUGCUGGGGUUCUACGUGUCGCUGGUGGUGAGCCGUUGGUGGGGUACUUGCCUCGCCCUCCCUGACAACACCAACACCGCUGUCCUCCUCGCUACUCACAUCCCUGGCAAUGACCGACGAGCAUUCGAGAUACGGACGAGGAUUGUGCGAUACAUCAACCUGACCUACUGCAUGGUGUUCUCCCAGGUGUCUGCCCCCGUCCGCGUCAAGUACCCAGAUGUUCAGAGCCUCGUGAACGAAAACUUGGCGACGGAGUUGGAGGGGCGGGUGCUGGAAGACGCAGAACGUCACGGGUGUCGGGACAACAAGUGGCUGCCCAUUACGUGGUGCUGCCAGCUGGUGCAGUGUGCCAGGGAGGAGGGUUUCCUCAUCACAGAGACCGCCAAGGAGACGGUCGUCACGGAGCUCCUUAACCUCCGUCGGCAGUGUGGGGCGCUGCUCGAUUGGCACCAGUAUAAUAUUCCCCUCGUGUACACCCAGGUGGUGACUUAUGGGGUUUACACCUACUUCCUGUUCUCCUUGAUCAGCGAGCAAUUCCUAGACGAGGCGCGCCAUUAUCGUAACUACGAGGUGGACCUUGUGGUGCCAGUCUUCGCUCUCCUCGAGCUCGUCUUUUAUCUUGGCUGGCUUAAGGUGGCGGAGUCACUCCUCAACCCUUUUGGAAUAGACGACCACUCCUUCGAGUUCCUCAAUAUCCUGGAGGACUCACGCUAUUCAGCCUUCGUGAUAAGUCACACCCGCUACGGCCAGUACUCGCCCGAGGCACAGUGGAGGCCGCCUGACGAAGACCGCCUCGAGAUCGUCAACCUGGGGGUGCUCCCAGGGAUGAUUGGCGACAUAAUCACCCCCGACACUGUGUUGGGCAGCUCAAUUUAAUUAAGGGAGCCGUCAUUAGUGCGCCGUUAACAGAAACCUAACUUGUUUACUUUUAUUCAGAUGUAUAUAUCGUAUAUUUUUUAUAAUUUAUAAAUUCAGCGGUUG